AUGAUACCAGACAACUAUACGAAAAUUACAGAAUUUCUUCUUAAGGGAUUUUCAGAGGAACCAGAACUGCAGCCACUCAUAUUUGGGAUUUUCCUCUCCAUGUACCUGAUCACUGUCCUUGGAAACCUGCUCAUCAUCCUGGCUGUCUGCUCAGACUCUCACCUCCACACGCCCAUGUACUUCUUCCUCUCCAACCUGUCCUUUGUAGACAUCUUUUUCACCUCUUCCGCUAUCCCAAAGAUGCUGUGGAACAUCCAGUCACACAGAAAAGUCAUCACGUAUGAAGGGUGCAUCACUCAGAUGUAUUUUGCACUAUUCCUUGGAGUUUUAGAUGACUUUCUCCUGACCGUGAUGGCCUAUGAUCGUUUCAUAGCCAUCUGUCACCCUCUUCACUAUAGAGUCAUCAUGAACCCCCGACUCUGUGGGCUGCUGGUAUUGGUGUCCUGGAUCAUGAGUGCCCUGCAUUCUUUAUUACACAGUUUAAUGGUGUUGUGGUUGUCCUUCUGUAGAAACCUGGAGAUUCCUCAUUUUUUCUGUGAACUUUAUCAGAUGAUUCGACUUGCUUGUUCUGACACCACCCUUAAUGACAUGGUAUUAUAUGUUGCUUCUGGACUAUUGGGUGGUGGUCCUUUUGCUGGUAUCCUUUACUCUUACUCUAAGAUUGUGUCCACCAUACAUGGAAUCUCAUCAGCUAAAGGGAAGUAUAAAGCAUUUUCCACUUGUGUGUCUCACUUGUCAGUUGUCUUAUUAUUUUAUUGUACAACCUUAGGAGUGUAUCUUAGCUCCAGUGGGACCCACAUCUCACACUCCAGUGCAAUAGCCUCAGUGAUGUACAUGUUGGUCACACCCAUGCUGAACCCCUUCAUCUAUAGUCUCAGGAACAAAGACAUCAAGGGAGCUCUGAAAAGGAUCUUUGGGAUAGAAGUUAUGAAAUGGCCAAAAGUGCAGGGCUGA